AUGCGAUGCGCGAGCAAGGCCGCCGAGAGCGCGUCCGCACGUCUCUGUGCGGACGCCGAAGCAGAAACCGCAGCAACUGAUGUCUCAUCGUUUGCUGAAGCGACUCAGCCUGUAUCACCUGGUGAUGCAGGCGCUGGUCAUGAAGACACUCGUGUCUUCACAGAGUACGAGCUCGGUGUCUCGUACUCUCCUGAUACGGAUGACGGAUCCGUAUCGACGGCGAUUGAAUCUAAGCCGCCUGCCAAGCGUGGCAUGGAUGAUGCUAUGCGUCGUAGCAUCUUUGGUUCAUCUGAUGAAUCAGAUGAACCAUCGCCGAAGCGAAGGCGCUUGAGGUCGCGAGACUCGGGCGCUAACAGUGGUGUCGGUUCUCCUAUUGACACCACUUCACAGCGAGGUGCCAGUACUUCUGUCGGCACAUCGUAG